UGUGGGACCGGGUGUCGUCAUGGCGACAGGGUAAACAGACCAUAACAAGCGCUCAGUGCUGCAGAGCUCAUUGUGAUCCUGCGGCCGGCGCAGAGAGACGGAAGAGCAGAAGGAGACAGACACUUUCUCGUCAUAGUGGACAGUGCGGACAGUGCAGACAUGGAGCAGCUCCUGACGUCUUUUAAGAGGUUUGCUGUCCAUGGAGACACGAAGGCCACAGGGAAGGAGCUGAACGGGAAGAACUGGGCCAAACUGUGCAAAGACUGCAAGAUCAUUGACGGCAAGAACGUCUCCGGCACCGACGUGGACAUCGUCUUCUCCAAAGUCAAGCAGAAGACGUCUCGGGUCAUCACCUACGAGGAGUUUCAGAGAGCUCUGGAGGAGUUGGCCCCGAAGAGGUUCAAAGGCGAAAGUAAAGAAGAGGCGCUGGAGUCCAUCUUCAAACUAGUGGAAGGCCGAGAGCCCACCAACGCUGGAGUGACGAAAGUGGCAAAGGCGCCGGCGUUGGACCGGCUGACUGACGCGUCCCGUUACACUGGCUCACACAAGGAGCGCUUCGACGGCAGCGGCCGGGGCAAAGGUCGCGAGGGCCGCGAGGAGCUGGUGGAGAAAACGGGCUACGUCGGAGCGUACAAGAACGCCGGCACGUACGACAACAAGAUGAAGACGGAGAAAUAACGAGGACGCACGGCUUCUUUGCAGCACUUAGUCUGGACCAAACCUUGAACUUUGACCCUGUGUGUGUGUGUGUGUGUGGUGCAGCAUUCUUCAGUCCUUCAGCUCCAUUCAGACUGGAUUUCUUCUUCUGCUGCAUGUCUGUAGCUCAGUGAAAUUUGACUUGUUGUGAAAAUGGAGGGAGUCUAAAUGUUGUUGCUAAAGCUAAAGCUAACACACGAAAAGUGACAGGAAAUGACGUAACACUGUGCACGCAUUCAUUAGUGGACGCAGUCAUUAUUGCACGGAGUCAUUAGGGCUGCUUCUCCGAAAUAACUCAGUACCAAGUAUUAUGCAGCUGUAAAACCUUUUUGUACCCAGAUCUAGAAAAAAUUACUAUUUAUGGUCAACAAGCGCUCUUUGAUUUAAUGCGGCGCUUGAUUGGCCGAAGCAGCUGCAACCAAUAUUAUAUUAGUGUGUGGGGGUGAAGUCCAGCACAGUAUAAAUACAUACUUUUAUGUAAAAAUCACCAUGGUUACAAAAUCCUUAAUUACCAAUUGAAUUAAGAUUUUGUUCUUGCAGUCUGAAUGGAACUGAAGUUUUCUCUCUGUCUCAAUACUAAAAGUAUUUCCUCUGGAUCCGUGCAGAUUUAAACUGAAACCUGAAAGUCUCGUCCGGAUUUAUUCUUUGUUGUUUUUAUUUGCAGCCUUCUACUUCUGUACAAUACUUUUUAAACUAUUUUGUAUGGAGUUGAUGCAGGUGCAAAAACUGGAAAGUUUCUUUAUUGAAUGAAUAAAGGCUACAAAAUGUUUCAA